AUGAAAUAUUUUAUUUUUAACUUAGAAAAUUGUUUUUUGUUUAUUAAUUUUAUUUCAAUUUGCUCAAUGUUGUUGCAAGUAAAUUCAAAACCUUUAUUACCUAAUCACCUUGUUGAAGAGGAUUUUAUAAAUGCAGCUUUUGUUAGAAAUAAUAGACAUGCAAAAUUGGUAUUUGAUGAUCAACGAUUUCAUAAAAGACAAAGACGCGGAUCAGUCAGUGUAUUGGAAUCGGACAAAUGGCUAAACGGAAGAAUUCCUUAUGUUUUAUCAACAGCAUAUACACCCCAACAAAGAGCAGUUCUUGCAUUAGCAAUUUCUGCUUAUAACGCAAAAACAUGUAUACGAUGUUUUGCUGAUUUUUCGAGAGUUGGAGGCCGGCAACAAGUUUCCUUAGUUGAUGAAUGUAUUGAAUACGCAACUAUUAUACAUGAAUUUAUGCAUGUUAUAGGAUUUAUUCAUGAACAUCAGCGUGAAGAUAGAGACGGUUUUGUGCGUAUUGUGUGGGAAAAUGUAAUUGAUGGCGCGAAUGCUGAUUUUGAAAAAUUAAGUUCAAUGGGAUUAAGUAAUUACGGAGAACGUUAUGAUUAUUUUUCUAUUAUGCAUUAUGAAAAUACUGAAGGAAGUAAAAAUGGUAGGCCAACUAUUGUUGCUAAUGUGCCUGAAUAUAGUGCAUUAAUGGGGAAAUCAAUGGAUUUUACUCAGGGUGAUCUAAAUCGUGUAAACAGAGCCUAUAAAUGUUAUCAAUAUCUCAAAACAAACAACGAGGCAUUAAAUCAACAUCAAAACGUUGAAGACCAAGCGGCUAUUUUUAGGCGUUUUUGGACUAAACAACAAUAUCUUAAUCGGAUAGCAAGCGUAAAUAUAAAAAAUAAAAGUUGAAAUUAAAAAAAGAAAAUUUAAAAGUUAUUUGAUGUAUAAAUAUAAACAAAAGUAAUAUGUAUAUUCUGUUAAUGUUAUAAUAUUUUUAAACUUUCGUUAGGUUAAAUUUGCAUGUAAUAAUCAUAAGAAAUCAUAUUAAAAGAAUUUCUAGAAAAAUUUAUACAAACUUGUUAUGUGUGUUACAAAUGUGUUAAAGAAUGUUAUGUUAUGUUAAAAAAAUGUUACAAUGUGUUACAAAUCAUAAAAAAAAGUAAAAAUCACAGGACGAAUGAAUUUUGAAAAUGAAAAAAAAAUCUGAGGUCGAGAAUUACCACGUUCACCUUUGUAUAGUAGUAUUAUUACCUACUACUUAUGUAUGUAUAUAUUAAAGUAGGCAGAUCCUGGAAAAUCAGUGGAUAAUAAUUAUUUCGUUGGGUUAAAUUUGCAUGUCAUAAUCAUAAGAAAUUAAUGUGAAAAUAAAAACAAGGUGAAUAAUUUCAUUCCAAAAUGAUAAUCUUUUAAAUUGUGUGUGUGUGUGUGUGGGGGGGGGGGAUAAAAAUUACACAGAUGCGGGUAAAAGGAUUUAAAAAGGAGGAAAAAAUGUAAUUUGUUUUUAUGGGCCUCGACAUGGCCACCAGAAUUUUUGCUUUCCUGCG